UUCAUUUGAGGUUAAAUAACAGAAGACAAGAACAGGGAAAGGGAAAAUCUUUGCUUUUUCACUGUUUAUAAUUAAUAAAAUGCCGAAUUGGAAUCAAAUCCAGAGUCAAUUAAGACACCCUGCCAAUCCUGUGGUAUUUUUUGAUGUCUCUGUAGGCACAACUGAAAUAGGUCGUAUGAUUUUUGAACUAUUUGCCGACGUUGUACCAAAAUCCAGCGAAAAUUUCAGACAGUUUUGUACCGGAGAAUUUCGAAAAGAUGGUGUACCACUGGGUUAUAAAGGUGCUGGUUUUCACAGAGUUAUAAAGGAUUUCAUGAUACAAGGUGGCGAUUUUGUAAAUGGUGAUGGAACAGGAGUGAUGAGCAUCUAUGGAGGAGGGACAUUUGCUGAUGAAAAUUUUAUAUUGAAACACGAUAGUCCUGGAUUACUUUCUAUGGCAAAUAGUGGAAAGGACACUAAUGGUUGUCAGUUUUUUAUUACAUGUGCUAAAUGUAAUUUCCUUGACGGGAAACACGUGGUAUUUGGCAGAGUUAUUGAUGGACUUUUAGUUAUGCGUAAGAUUGAAAAUGUUCCUACUGGACCAAAUAAUAAACCCAAAAUUCCUGUAACUAUUAUACAAUGUGGCCAGAUGUAGAUUAAAUAUUAUUUAAGAUUUUUA